AUACAAUUUUUAUCAUGGUGGACAAUUUCCUUCGAAUACAGUAAAGUAUUAAACGAGUAAAUUAAGUUACAAAAAGUGAAAAAUAAAAGUUUGGCUGUCAAUAAAUAAAUAAAGAUGAGAGAAGAAGAUGACUGAUAAAUCGAGAUCAAUCGUGAGUGAUGACAUUCAGUUAUUGUUUUUCUUUACAAUACAAAUGCACAAGCUGGUUUUGGGUGUUGCAUAAAUAAACUUAAUUUCUUCUGCAUAUUAUUUUACAAUAAUGUAUUUUCUUGGACAAUUGACUAAAUAAUUUUGUGAUCAAUUGUGUCCGAAUGAUAAUGUUUAUUUCUAACGAAUUUAUUUAAAAGAAGAAAAAUGCAGUAAACGUGAUAUAGUUGUUCACUGUAAUUCAUCGGAUUCAUCGUUAAUUAAGCGUGUGGCUAACCAGACGCUUACUGUCUCGUCACUCUCGACAGUGUCGACUCAACCAACGGUAACAGUGGAAGGUUCGAUGCAGUCUAAAAUGUCUCCACCAACAAAUGAUGUGACCAACGGUGUGGUGGCACCAGCUGAUAAUCUUAUAGCAAGACGACCAUCAACGACCAAUCCUCCCGAUCCCAAUAUUUUGAUCCAAAAGCGAACUCCUAAGGAUUAUAUCUUUGGAAAAGUCAUUGGUGAAGGCAGUUUUUCUAUUGUUUAUUUGGCAAAAGACAUCCAUACCAAUCGAGAACAUGCAAUAAAGGUGUGCGAAAAGCGUUAUAUCAUCAAAGAAAAGAAAACUGAAUAUAUUAAGAGAGAAAAAGAAGUAUUAAAUAUGUUAGCAGGUGCUAAACAUUCAUUUGUACGAUUAUUUUGUACAUUUCAAGAUUUAGAACGCCUCUAUUUCGUUCUUUCAUAUGCUAAAAAUGGCGAAUUACUUCCUUACAUCAAUAAAGUUGGAUCAUUUGAUAUUGAAUGUACAAAAUUCUAUUCAGCUGAAAUUUUACGAGGAUUAGAGUAUUUACAUGGACUUGGUAUCAUUCAUCGUGAUCUUAAACCUGAAAAUAUUCUUCUUGAUGAUAAAAUGCAUAUAUUAAUAACUGAUUUCGGUAGUGCUAAAAUUCUUAAAGAUGACUCCGAUUCUGACACAUCAUUGAUACAACCUUGUGAAGAUAAUUCGUUAAAUAAAGAUGAACCAGAAAAAAGACGUCCGCGAAGAAAUUCGUUUGUUGGAACUGCCCAAUAUGUAUCACCAGAAAUAUUGACUGAUAAAACAGCUAGUAGAGCAUCUGACUUAUGGGCAUUAGGAUGUAUUAUUUAUCAAAUGGUAUCAGGAUUACCUCCUUUUCGUUCGAGAAGUGAAUAUCUCAUUUUCCAAAAAAUUCUCAAACUUGAAUAUGAAAUUCCUGAUGGUUUUUGUCCAUUAGCUAGAUCUCUUGUUAGUCAAUUGUUAGUAUUAGAUUCAACGGAAAGAUUAGGUGCUCAAGAUGAACAUGGUGCUGGAUAUCCAAGCAUAAGAGCACAUCCUUUCUUUGAGGGAGUUGAUUUUGAGACUCUUGAUGAACAAACACCGCCACCUAUUUAUCCGUAUUUACCUGGUACAUCUGAACAUGAAGAAUUACGUUCUCAUUAUAGAGUUCCAGAUCAUUUAGAACCUGGUCUUGAUGAUAAACAGCUUACAAGAUUACUUGGUCUUGGAAUCGGCGAGGAAGAACAUAAAGAGCAAAAAGUACCUGCAAUAUCAUCAGUUACUGUUGAAAAACCUAAACAAUCGAAUAUGUCUAUAAAAAAUUUAACACCCGAUGAAAUGAAAAAUCGGCUAGAAGCACAACGUAUUUCUAGUCCGUGGCAUCCCUUUGUUGAAAAUAAUCUCAUUCUUAAGCAAGGAUUUGUUAAUAAAAGAAAAGGUCUUUUUGCCAGAAAACGAAUGCUUUUACUUACCACUGGACCACACUUAUACUAUGUUGAUUCAGUUAACAUGGUACUAAAAGGAGAAAUACCGUGGAGUCCAGAACUCAGAGUGGAACCGAAAAAUUUCAAAAUCUUCUUUGUUCAUACGCCCAACAGAACAUAUUACCUUGAAGAUCCUGAAGGAUUUGCAUUGGAGUGGUGUAAAAUGAUUGAAGAAAUGAGAGUUAAUUCUUACGGGUUACAAGAACAAAUUAAAUAAUUAAACAAUUGGUUUUUUUCUUAGUCAAUGGAAAUUUAUGUAUACGAAACAAAGUGAAAUUUUUUCAAAAUAUUUGAAAAUUUAAAAUCAUGUUUGCAAUACAUUGAUUUAUGAUUUUUUUAAAAUUUCAAAACAAUUUGUCAUUUAAAUCAUAAUAUUUUUCUAAUCCGAAUUGAAAUAUUCAAUAAUAGUAAAAUUAAUUAGAUGAACUUUAAUAUCAGAUGAGAUGGCUUUAAAUACAAUGUUGCCUAAUGGUUAGUACUUUCUUUAGCCUUUAUCUAUAUUUAAAAAGUAUUUAUUUAUUUAUUUAUUUGUAUCAUUAUUCAUAAAAUCAUACUUCAUCCAUCUGGCUUUCUACGAAUUACACUGUAAUGAAGUGGAUCAAUGAAAAAAUCAUACUGAUAAUCUCAAAAUUUUAAACUAUAUUAUAUAUAUAAUGUAAUGACGAUGUUUUCUUCUUAUUUUUAUAUUCAUUUUCGUUCAUCCAUAAUUUU